GAUGGCGGCCGCCGCGGCGUGGCUGAGGCGCGGAGUGUGGGGCCCGGCCCGGCGGUGCGGGCUGGCGGCCGCCCGGAGCUAUAGCGGAGGCGGCUCCUACCCCAACGUGUCGCUGACGUGCCCGCUGCCCGGCGUGCCCAAAGCCGUGUUCGCGGCGGCCGAGGGCCGGGAGCGCUUCGAGACGCGGGUGACGGUGCUGGAGAACGGGCUGCGCGUCGCCUCUCAGAACAAAUUCGGACAGUUCUGCACCGUGGGCCUCCUCAUCAACUCCGGAUCGCGGCACGAAGCGAAGUACCUGAGCGGCAUCGCGCACUUCCUGGAGAAGCUGGCGUUCUCCUCCACAGCGCAGUUUAGCAGCAAAGAUGAAAUUCUUCUCACCUUAGAAAAGCACGGAGGCAUCUGUGACUGCCAGGCUUCAAGGGACACCAUCAUGUAUGCUGUUUCUGCUGAUGCCAAAGGCUUGGACACGGUGGUCAACUUGCUGGCUGACGUAGCCCUGCAGCCCAGGUUAUCAGAUGAAGAAAUCGAGAUGACUCGAAUGGCUGUACGGUUUGAGCUCGAGGACUUGAAUAUGAGACCUGAUCCAGAGCCUCUCCUCACAGAAAUGAUCCACGCGGCAGCCUACAGAGAAAAUACAGUUGGACUGAAGAGGUUCUGCCCAGUGGAAAACACUGACAAAAUUGAUCAGAAAGUCCUGCACUCAUACCUGAGCAAUUACUACACACCGGACAGGAUGGUGCUGGCAGGGGUGGGAAUUGAGCACGAGCAGUUGGUGGAGUGUGCAAAGAAAUAUCUGCUUGGAGUGGAGCCAGUGUGGGGUAGUGCACAGACCAAGGAGGUGGACAGGUCUGUGGCUCAGUACACGGGAGGCAUUGUCAAGGUCGAAAAAGACAUGUCAGAUGUGAGCCUGGGCCCCACUCCAAUCCCAGAGCUUACCCACAUUAUGAUUGGGUUAGAAAGCUGCUCAUUUUUAGAGGAAGACUUCAUUCCCUUUGCAGUAUUAAAUAUGAUGAUGGGAGGUGGUGGCUCUUUUUCAGCUGGAGGGCCUGGCAAGGGCAUGUUCACCCGGCUGUAUCUCAAUGUGCUCAACAGGCACCACUGGAUGUAUAAUGCAACUUCUUACCACCACAGUUACGAGGACACAGGUCUCCUGUGCAUACAUGCCAGUGCAGAUCCCAAACAGGUCCGAGAGAUGGUGGAAAUCAUCACAAGAGAAUUCAUUCUAAUGGCAGGAGCGAUAGGAGAGGUGGAACUUGAGAGAGCAAAAACACAACUCAAGUCUAUGCUCAUGAUGAACCUUGAAUCUAGACCAGUAAUCUUUGAAGAUGUGGGAAGGCAAGUGCUGGCAACGAACACCAGGAAACUGCCUCAUGAGCUUUGUGCACUGAUCAGUAAGGUGAAAUCCUCUGACAUCAAGAGAGUGGUCACUAAGAUGCUCCAUAAGAAACCAGCUGUGGCUGCACUGGGUGACUUGACAGAUCUGCCCACCUACGAACACAUCCAAGAAGCCCUUUCCAGUAAGGACGGCCGGCUCCCCCGUUUGUACCGGCUCUUUCGAUAGAGCAGCACUUCCUGAGUGUAUCUGAGAGACUUGCUGCUGCUUUCAUUUUGUUCUCGUGCAUUUGUAAUACUGCUAGACAGCUCCACUCCCUCCCAGAUCUUUCCAGGCAUGCUGUGCAAACACAGUGACAUUACAGCUGAGCAAAGCUGCUUCACCACAUUGAGCUACAAAGAGCUCAGUGGAUUUACAGGCCCACCCUGGCUCAGGGUGAGUAUUCUGAUCCUCAAGAGAAGAUGGGUGUACACAGCCUUCUCUUGGUACUGGGGAGAGCAUAGCAGCCCCAAACAUCCAUCACUGCAACAGAAAGCACGUACCUGAGAAGUCACUGCUGUGUGUUACCUCUAAGCCAUACUGCAGGAGCAGCCUUUUCAGCAGUGUGGAUGUGACAUCAGAGGCCCAGCUGUGUGCCUUGGGGAAGGCAGAGGCCUGCCUGCCCCUGCAGACACCUGGCAGCAGGCCAGAUGGGAUGAAACGAAACAAAAGGCUUCAGGCUAAUAAUGAGAGGUGUGUUCCUCUAAUGAAUAGCUUUCCUUUGCAAGGGUGCUCACCACACUUGUUUUAAAGAAUUUGCUUUAGAUUACAGUUCAGUUUGACAUGUUGUACUCCAGUGAGACCUGUAUGGGUAGAGGAAGACUGCUGAAAAUGCUGCUCAAGAGAAUAUUUUCAUACUCUCUCUUCAGAGAAUAUUCCAGCUAUCACCAUGGUGAACAAGUAUUUGGUCAAAGUGACUUGGGAAAGUAUUGGUUGAUAGCCAUGCAAAACAGAAUCUGAAAUCCAGGUUCUGGUCCGAGCAUUGUGGAUUAUUUUACUGCUGUAAUUUACCAUCUGUAAUACUCUUAGAAUUCAUAUGUCUGGGAAUAACUUAAUAAUUAUGCUAGAACCCAAGGGAAAGUAGAUUCUGAUUUGAAAGUGAAUUAUGCUAAAGAAUAAAAGUUUUUCUUACUCCCAAACCAA